CUGCUGAACGUGUGUGUAACAUUAACGUGUUGCGUGUGCGUGUGAAGCAGCUGCGUGUUGUGCUCCUGAUCCGAACAGCAGGUGGAGCGCUAUAAUAAGCGAUCAUUGUGUGAAGGACACAGCAGCAGCAGAGCCGUGUUGUUGUUGUGCAGCUGCAGGGACGUGAAAGUGCAUCAGCGUGGAGGUCAAACUGAGAAAUAAGACCCUUGCUGUUGUGUUGGCAGUGUGCGUGUGUGUCUGUGUGUGUGUGACAGUAAUAUGAGCUGGCUGUCAUGCUUGUUUUGUGCCCUGGCAGGAUGAGAAAGAAGCAGACUGCCAAACAGAGGAAGACUGAGGAGACGACAGUGGUCCAGGAGUUUGUGGUGGAGAAGAUCAUUCGCCGCAGGGUCGCUGACGGGAGAGUGGAGUACUUUCUGAAGUGGAAGGGCUUCACCGAUGCGGACAACACGUGGGAACCCGAGGACAACCUGGACUGUCCCGAGCUCAUCAACGAGUUCCUGAGAACCGCCCUCCAUCUCGCGUAUGAGAAUGAGGAAGAGCACAGCGAGUUCAUUCCCAAAGAAGAAAUGACAGAGCAAGAGACGGAAAUUUCCUGCCUGCAGCCGCAGCAGCAGCAGGCCUGCACUCUGCAGAGCGACGGCGACGGCCUCCAGACGAGCGACGGGCGUUCAGAUUCCCCCGCCACUUACCUCGAGCCUGAAUGCAUCAUUGGCUCCACAGACAGACAGGGAGAGCUCAUGUUCCUCGUCAAAUGGAAGGACUCGGAUGACGUGGCCCUGCUGCCUGCGCAUGAAGCCAGCGCCAGGUGUCCCCAGGUGGUCAUCGACUUCUACGAGCAGAAGCUGACCUGGCACUGUGGAGACGAGGAGCCGUGAAGUGCGUGUGUGUUAGCGUGUUCCCGGGUGUGUGUGUGUGUGUUUGUUUUGAGAACGGAGGAGAACUGGUAAACGGCUGCGUCCUCACCUGAAGCUUAGUUUAACCUCCAUCCAGUGUCCUCCUCCAGCUGACAUUAGAAGCACGCUGUGUGAAAUUGCAUCCCGCCACAGGUGAGAGUUUCAGAAAUCUGUCGACUGGAAGAACCUCAGCGGGGACGGAUAUUCAGGGCUCUCUGUCCCGUGGUGCUCAGCAAGGUCACUGUGCCUUUUGUGGAGACUGUGAUGGAGACUUAAACUAACCUGUGUGUGAAGAGCAGCCGGUCUGAGGUCAGACUAACCUGUAGCAGCUUUGGUCGUGUGUCAUCAUGUAGCCGACACAAUCACUGUGGACAUGUGUUUUGUUUUCAAGACUACUGUUAUAUAGUAAUUUAGUAUCUCUAGUCCUCCACUGGGAGGGGUCCCUGGUUUAGUGUGAGCGUUUUAACUUCUGUAGCGACACUUUGUAGGCAGAGUGAACUAACUGUUGUCUGAUCUGUAACUCCAGUGCACCUAGCUUUAGGUUGGUUUGUCUACACUAGAGCCCGACUGACAGGGAUGUUUGGAGGCUGAUGCAUUAUCUAACGAAGCCAACAUAAAGGACACACGAAAAUAAGUGGGUAGUGACGGUUACAUCGUUUGAAACAGACUUAUCUCUUUUCAUACAUGAAGGCAGCGUAAAUGAGCCUUAAUUUGUCACUAUGACAAAGACAUGUAACUGAGGCUUGAUAUUUUACAAUUUAACGUAAAAUUUUGAUAUAAAUAACUUUAAAUAGAAAGAAAACACGAAUACAACCAAAUAAAUACAACUUCAAUUAAGAACAAAAUCAAAAAUAAAGAUAAACUACAGAUUGUUUUGGACACACCAAAUUAUGAUAUUUCCAACAGACAUAGGGUUUUUCAGCGUAGUUGUUUCUGUAAAAUGAAAGUUUUAAUGAUGUUGCAUAUCGGCAAAAUAAUUACUGAAUGUCUGUGAAAGUCUCAUAUCAGCUGUUGGUUUUCUAUCAACAAACAGAUUAAUCAGUCGGGCUCUAACGUGCAUAUUGUUUGAACCUGUAUUGUGUGAGGUGUUUGUAGCCAUGUUUUAUACUGUGUCUCACUGUGUCUCACUGUGACCCGUGUAGUUGAUGUUUUAAACACGUGUAUUUUAAAAUGUGCCCCACCAGAAAAUGUCCCAGAUCAGCUGCUAUGAACCAAAUGUUCUCACCUCUGAUGAAUCAUCAAAAGUUGUUUUUAUAAAGGAAUAUUAGGAGCUUUUAGACAAAGAGAAAUCCAGUCAAUCAUUCUAUACAUUCGAUAAAUGGUGCGCCUAAUGAGGACUAAAAACGGAUUGUUAAAUGUAGCACUUUAGACAUGAGACUAUCCGCUGGUGGAGAGCAUUGUCUUCCAGUAAUUCCACAGGCAUGGACACGAAACCUGUCUCCUGACUCGACAUAUCUCCCAUCGUAGUUAUGGGACACUCAGCUGAACCUUCGACCUCCUAAAACUCACCUGCUACUGUAACUACUGUAACUGACCAUAGAUCUGUGAAGUCUCUGUGAAUAAAAGAAAACAUUUUGUGACACUU